AUGGUGGAAGCUGAACGCGAAUCGUCGACCCCGACGUGGAAGUUUACACAAUGUUUUGGCGAUAAGGGUGAAGUGGAAGACAUCACUGAAGCAGACAUAAUAUCCACCGUCGAGUUCGAUCACACCGGCAAUUAUCUCGCUACUGGCGACAAGGGUGGCCGUGUUGUACUAUUUGAGCGCAAUGAGACUAAGAAGACUUGCGAGUACAAAUUCCACACCGAGUUUCAGUCACACGAGCCCGAAUUUGACUACCUAAAAUCCCUCGAGAUCGAGGAGAAAAUCAACAAGAUCAAGUGGUGCCGUCGUCAAAACGCUUCACAUUACCUCCUCUCUACCAAUGAUAAGACGAUCAAGCUAUGGAAGGUCUUUGAGAAGUCGUUAAAAGUCGUUGCCGAAAACAACCUCACCCAUGAAUUGACCCCGGCUGGUGCGGGUGGAGGUGGUGCUCCGCAGAAGAACCAACCUGUCUUCAAGAAUGCUACCGAACUCAAGCUGCCUCGGAUGACCUAUCAUGACACCGUUGUCGCAGCUGUACCUCGUCGCACAUAUGCCAAUGCCCAUGCCUACCAUAUCAACAGCAUUUCCGUCAACAGUGAUGGCGAGACGUUCAUUUCGUCCGAUGACCUCAGGAUAAAUCUAUGGAAUCUCAACAUACAGGAUCAGAGCUUCAAUAUCGUUGACAUUAAGCCUGCGAACAUGGAGGAAUUGACCGAAGUUAUCACAGCAGCAGAGUUCCAUCCUCAUAGUUGCAAUUGGUUCAUGUAUGCCAGCAGUAAGGGCACGAUCAAACUAGCAGACAUGCGUGAGAGCGCUCUUUGUGACUCUCAUGCAAAGCAGUUCGAGCAAGAGGAGGACCCGUCUUCUCGUUCCUUCUUCUCCGAAAUCAUCUCCUCCAUAUCUGACGUCCGCUUCUCCAACGACGGCCGAUACAUCCUUUCUCGCGAUUACCUGACUGUCAAGAUCUGGGAUGUGAACAUGGAAAAGCAGCCCGUCAAGACAAUCCCCAUUCACGAACACCUCAGGCCACGCCUCUGCGACACCUACGAAAACGACUCGAUUUUCGACAAAUUCGAGGUUGUCUUCUCAGGCAAUGGUCAAAACGUGAUGACUGGUUCUUACAACAACAAUUUCAUGAUCUACCCAAGUGACCCUGAGCAAGAAACUGAGGUGGUUCUGCAAGCAGACAAGAGUGCCUUCAAGGCAAAGAAGGUGGGUGUACCUACUCCUAUUAACUCGGGUACAAACGGCACCAAGAAGAGUGCCAGCAGAGCUGGCUCGCCUGCUGCAGGUCAAGGUGCGAGAAUGCGGAAAGAAACGGAUGCCGAUCAGAUCGAUUUCAACAAGAAGAUAUUGCACAUGAGCUGGCAUCCGUUUGAGGAUAGUAUUGCGAUUGCCGCUACUAAUAACCUCUUCGUUUUCUCCGCCUUGUGA